AUGGGUGUUCCCUUCGAAGCGUUGAUCCCCUAUGGGAUCAUCAUCACUGUAGGUGCUGUUCUUCCCGUCAUUCCCACCAGCAGCGUUCAUUCUCGCAGAUGUUUGGCAUCACCGGAGCCGGUCUCACUGCCUCGAAAUACCUCUCGAAUGAGCACAAGAAGGCUAGGUGGAACAGAGAUGCUUGGGACAGGCAAAGUAUUGCAAGAACGAGACUUCAGAAUCACAGGAAGCUUGAGAGCGCAGUCAGGAGUUGCAGAGGCCCCGAAGGGUUUCGAAGUCAGCAACCCGUGGAAGCUGGAGAAGAGAAUUUUCUAG